AUGCCAGCGAACAACAACGACACUGACUUGCAGCGCCUCCAACCGCACCAUACUUACUAUAUUAUGGGAGGAGACCUACAUUUCCUGGUAGAAAAGACCUUAUUUCGCGUCCAUAGCUACUUCUUUAUACGUGAUUCGGUCAAAUUCAACAAAAUCUUGCAACCUUCAGCCACGGCGGGCCAAUUUCGCGAAGGAAGCGAGAGCAACCCUAUCGUAAUCCCAGAUAUCUCGCCCGAUGAUUUCGCCACGUUCCUCUGGGUGUUUUAUAACCCUAAGUACACCUCGUACGACCACGCACCGGUCGAGUCUUGGGUACUUAUCCUUAAGCUUGCCCACAAGUGGGAGUUUGUCGCAGUCAAGGAUUGCGCGGCGCGGCAGCUGGAGACCAAAACUGACAUCAGUGUUGCAGAACGGCUCCGCCUGUACCAGGAGGUGGAAGUCGACAGCGAUAAGUACAUCGUUCCUUUAUUCAAGGCGUUGUGCAAGCGAGACAUCCCCCUCACGUUGGAGGAGUCCAAACUCCUCGGCAUUGAGACGGUAUAUCUGAUUAGCACUGCUCGGGAGAAACUGCGCGCCGUUCCUUCUGAUGGAGGAAAGAGCCCCCUACCGCGCGACCUUGAAGAUGAGGACGUCACUAGAACCAUUUUGAAUCUCCUCGAUCCAAAGGCGGCCAACGACAAUCAGAACGGCCUUCCCUCCAGAAGCGAUACUAAGAAACGUCGCAACGGGACUUCCGCUUCGAAGGACACACAGGAUUCAACCUCCAAGACCGGUGGUAACUCCUAAUUUCGAUAGCCUGUCGUUGAGCACGGCGCAGGAGCCGAAGCGAGACAAUUUACCAAAGCGCAAGACAUCUUUAAAGCAAAAGUUUGUGGAGACGUUGAGCGCGAUGAAGAGGCGAGGUUGAGAGUGUCAUCAGAUGGGUGCUUUUUGGGGUUGACUAUCGCGCGUUCGGAUUCUCCGUGUUUCCCUGGCGCUUGGCGAUAAUUUUCUUGGACUGUCAACGGUAUGAUGUAUUUGUGAUAAAAAAAAUCUUAUUGGAGCGCACUGU